CUGGUUUACGUCUUUACAGAGAUCAUACUUGAGGAGGUAAAUGUGAAUGAAGAUAUGUUCAGCCCCAGUCUUCUUCGCGUUCUACGCAUCUUUAGAAUUGCCAGGCUUCUAAGGCUGGUGGAGUUUGCCAAGGGAAUACGUCAGCUCUUGUGGGCACUUAUGAUCUCAUUACCAGCUCUCUUCAACGUAGGUGCACUUCUUUUCUUGGUGAUAUUUAUCUACGGAAUCAUCGGCAUGUCAGCGUUUGGACAUGUUAAACAAGAAGGCGGCUUAAAUGACCUUGUAAACUUCGCGACUUUUGGUAGUUCGUUGUCAUUACUCUUUCGUUUGUCAACUGGCGCGGGAUGGAAUGACGUUAUGGAUUCCUUGCUACUGAAACCGCCAGACUGUGAUCCUAACUACAUGAAUCUUCCCCAUGGCAAUUGCGGUUCCUUUGGCGCUAUUCUUUACUUGGUCAGUUACAUCGUAAUUGUUUUCCUUAUCAUCGUCAACAUGUACAUUGCUAUCAUUCUCGAAAAUGUGUACCGUGCUCACGAGAUCGAGGAUUUCUGCAUCACUCAGGAAAACUUUAACAGCUUCUAUGUUUCGUGGGGGGAGUUUGUUCCUGACGGUAAGGUAUAUCUUCCGUUAGCUCAGCUGUCGGAGUUCGUUGCUACUCUGAAGAAACCAUUCAAACUUCCAAAACCAAACACUGAAAUGUUAGGAGAGAUGGACAUACCGUUGAGGUCAGGAGAGGUUGUACACUGUUUUGACCUGCUGAAGGUGCUAGUUAAACAUGUUUUGGAAAAGCAUGGUGAAUCUCCUGAAGUUUUUCAGGAAAUUACUGUGAAAAUGGAGGCUAGAUUUAACAAAUCAUUCCGCGUAAAGAAGGCGAAAUUGUCGAUAACUGGUUCUACUAAAUCGAAAUUAUCUGAAAGUGUGCGCGAGACUGACCUUUGA